GGAUUUAGCUGCUCAGGCAUCUCCAGCAGAGCCGGUGGAGCUGCUGCAGCACGAAGGUCAGGACCGGAGGACGGAGGCAGCGGGACCCCGCCCGGACACGGAUUCCCCGCCGGGCUGGAGCAUCUGUCAGGAGCCAAAGAAGAUGAUGAGAGAAGAACUGUCUGAGUUAAAGAGGACAAAGCAAGAGGAGUGAUAGACUCAAAAAAAUGGAAAAAGCCAUAAAAAGAGAAAAGAUUGGUAUGUUUGGAGCUCCAUGAAAGAAAAGAAAACUUAAAACAAGAGCACAUAGUGGAAACAGGCGAGACAAAGACUGGAGGUAAGGAGAAGCUGGAAUCUGUCGAGAAGCAGGAGAGGAGAACAAAGGUCUGGCGGAGGGUGGGAAAAACCAUCUGGAUGGUCUCCACAGCUGUGGCCAGUCGGUUGACCAACCUCCAAAGAUGGCCUCCAACUUCAAUGACAUUGUCAAGCAGGGCUAUGUACGCAUGCGCAGCCGAAAGCUCGGGAUCUACCGGCGCUGCUGGCUGGUGUUUAAGAAGUCAUCGAGCAAAGGACCACGCCGUCUGGAGAAGUAUGCUGAUGAGAAGGCUGCCUACAUCAGAUCGUGCCCUAAAGUGACAGAGAUUAGUAAUGUGAAGAACAUCACACGGUUACCCCGGGAUACCAAACGACAGGCAGUGGCCAUUGUGUUUACAGAUGACACCUCGCGCACCUUCACUUGUGAAUCAGAGCUGGAGGCAGAAGACUGGUUCAAGAUGCUGUCCAUAGAGUGUCUGGGCAUGAGGCUGAAUGAUAUCAGUAUGGGAGAGCCCGACCUCCUGGCUGCUGGAGUGCAGUGUGAACACACAGAGCGUUUCAACGUAUUCCUCCUCCCUUGUCCCAACCUGGACAUCUACGGGGAGUGCAUGAUGCAGAUCACCCAUGAGAACAUUUACCUGUGGGACAUCCACAACCCUCGCACCAAGCUGGUUACCUGGCCUCUCAGCUCUCUGCGGCGCUAUGGACGGGAUGCCACUCGCUUCACUUUUGAAGCCGGGCGGAUGUGUGACAGUGGCGAAGGCCUCUACACCUUUCAGACGAGGGAAGGGGAGCAGAUUUACCAGAGGGUCCACUCCUCUACCUUGGCUAUCGCUGAGCAGCACAAAAAGGUCCUGCUGGAGAUGGAGAAAAACAGCAGGCUGCUGUCUAAGGGCUCAGAGGCUGGUUCCUAUCCUUGCACACCCACCGCCAUCCUACCCCGAUCUGCCUACUGGCACCACAUCACUGGAAACCAGAGUGGCCUGGAUUGUAGCAGUGGAGAUGCUGCAGAGGACCAGCUACUGUCCACACGCCUGCCUCCCGACCAUCACGCCACACUGCCACUGGCAAACACACAAGCACAGUCACAGCUGCACACACACUCCCCAACACACUAUCCCACUUACCCAGGACAGUGACACACACUAAAGAAGAUGUGGACGCUGAUGGCACAAGCACAUUUGCAUGCAGACACACCCUGAAGACACUUUCUUCCCUUCAAUUGGUUUAACAGCCCAGCGUCUUGCUCCACAGGACAAGCUGCCGCCUGCAACAGACUGGGCUUCCAGUUUCCCCAGCAGACUCUGGGUUAUGGGAUGUUCUUCCACACUGAGAAACUUUGCUUGAAACUUUCUAGAAGUUUGUAUUGCCUAGUGUAUAAAAAUGAGGACUUAAAGCUCUCAGUAUGCUUUAAACCUACACCACAGCUCUCAUAUGAAAUGUUUAGAUGAUAAACGAAUCUCAGUCUGACAUACACAUAGUUCACCUGAUACCAUAAACCUGUCAAAUACAUACAGAAAUCUCUA